AUGGACGUGUCCCGGCAACGGGCCCGGAUCGAGUCCCAGCUGGCUGCGCUGCCAGGUUGCACCGAUCGACUCGGCUCGCCAUUAAUUCUAAUUUCUCCGCAUGCCCACGCCUCGACGGCGGUGACGGCUAAUAAAGCCGCCUCCACAUCGUGUUUGGUGGCGUCAAGCGGACUUUACGACGACUUGGUGGCGGUUUUGGGAUAUUUCUCCCAAAUCCCGCCCCCGGAAGCUCUAUCCGAGAAGGGAGGGCUUUGCGUGCUAAUUGACGGCCGGAAGACGCCGUCCCGAGCGGUGCGUACCGUACUCCGCGCUUGUCAGCAAGCCCUCUACCGAAAGGUUCGACUGGCCAUAAUCCUGCAACCGGAGCGUUUUCUGGACCAACAGAAGAUCAACCUCGAUCUACUUGUAGAAACCCAUCAAUUUAAGACGAUCCUCACAUCCGUUCACAAACUAUCAAGAUGGGUGGACGUCACGCAAUUGCCAGCCUCGUUUGGAGGGCCAUUUCCGUAUGAGCCGCUACGGUGGUGCGAUAUGAGGGAACACUUCGAAUUUGCUGAAGCUGCACUCAGGGCGAGACUCGCCGAACUUGAGGCCGGGGGGAAACCGCUGGAAGAUGAUGAGUUGGCGGUUGUCGCCCGUCGCCCAGAAGUGGAGGCCGAGGCUCAGAAAAAGGAGGAAGAGGAGCAGGAGAAGAAACGGUUGCUCGAGGAGCACGCGCAGGGCGUUAACAGCCUAUUGGACUGGCUGGAAGGGCCGGGCGAAAAGUGGGUACAAUCGCUGCAUGAAAUCGGCGAGAGCCGAGAUGAGGCUCGGCAGCUGGUGCGGGAGCACGAGCAGUUGAGCACGAAGAGUCAGGAAGUGUGCCAACAAGCUGAAGAACUUGGCGAAUUAGCGCAAAGAUUGACGGCUACCGCCCCAGAACACGCCAUCACGUUGCAAAAAAUCCGCGAUAUCCUGCUCGCCACCUCGCAAAUAUUUGCCGGCCGUGUGAAGCGGCAGGCCGAGAUGGCUGGACGCAGCGAGAAGUUCCACGAGCAGAUGAGCGAGUUUUCCCGAAAAACUGACAGCCUCCUCGAGUCGUUGUGCACGGAUCCGCAUUGCACGGAUCUGGCGGGCGCGGAGGCCGAGCGAAAACAGCUUGAGGAGAAGGUCGAGCAGAUGGAGGGCAUCUACGAGUCGGUGAUGGACAUGGGCGCAGUUUUCGCGGAAGAUUUGGCGACGCCGGAUAAGAAUACUAAAAUUGGUCCCAGAAACUACGCUGCCGGCGUGCACCACGUCCGGGAAAGCAUGGCAGCUGCCCGACAUCGAAGAAAGCGUUGCCUAGACCUCGUUGACGUGCGCCGCCUAAAACUUGAGCAAAUCAUCCGGUUGAGCACGUGCGAACGGGACGCCAAUCAGGCCAUCGCCUGGGUCGAGGAACUGCAUGACACGCUGAGGAGGGACUACAAUCAGGUUGGCUGCGACGAGGAAGAGCUGCGCGUCUUGAAGAAGGACAGGGAACAGCUAGAAGACACCGCCAGGAGUACUUAUAACUAUGGCAAGGAGCUGUGUCAAGUAGCGCUGGUGUUACGACGAUCGCUGAGGAUGGACGCCAUUCCACAGAAACAACUCGCCGACAAGCUCGAGCACACUUGGGGUCGUCUCUGCCGAGCGCUCACCGAACACGACUCAAGAACGCACAUUUGCGGCGCUUUUAAUUCUGCUUGCAUCCAGGUGGGUCCGACCGCACAAAAC